AUGGGAUAUGAUGAAGACGCAAGUCAGCGGGGACGCGGGAUUUUUCUAACAACUUCAACGAUUUUAAUAGCCUGUUUUGCCACGACCACGUUGAUCGCUGGCGUCGGAAUACUAUCGUAUUAUUUACCAACGCCAUGUACGGCGAUAGCUGAGCACAUAUUGAAUGGCAGCACAUACUCGCCAUCAACACUGUCACCUCCCCCGAGCUCCAGCAAUCCAUGGGAGGAUUACCGUCUUCCAACCGACAUAGAGCCUGUGCAUUAUACCCUGGAGCUAAAAAUAGACUCGGAGAAGUUUAGUUUCAAUGGCAGUAUCGACAUUCGAGUCACUUGCAUUAACCGAACAUCACGCAUCAUACUUCACAGUAAAAUGUUGGACAUUUAUAAAAAUCUUGUCCGUGUAACGCGAGAGGUCGACUCCAUGACGAUUCAGUUGUUGAAAGAGCCUGAACUUUAUCCUGACAUGCAAUAUAUUGUCAUAACGCUAGCCAGUUACUUGGAAGGUGGCCAGUUAUAUAUAGUUCAUAUCGAAUACGGCGGCGUACUUUAUGAUGACUUGGUUGGUAUUUACAGGAGUUCUUACAGGGAUGAUAAAGGACAGAAAAGAGUCCUGGCAGCUUCCUUCUUUUCCCCAGCUAAUGCUCGUAAAGCAUAUCCUUGCUUCGAUGAGCCAGCAUUAAAAGCAACACUUGCAAUAACCAUGGUACACAAGGACGAAUACACAGCAUUGUCCAACAUGCCUCAGGAAUCGGUUACAUCAAGAUAUGACGGCUGGGUAGCAACGAAAUUUCAGACAACAUUAAAAAUGUCCACUUAUAUCACUGGAUUUUUUCUCAGUGAUUUCGAAUCAGUCACGGCAGUAUCAAGAAACGGCGUUGAGGUGCGGACCUGGGCACGUGCAGACGCCAUUCACGAGGUAUAUUAUGGAAUGAACAUAUCCUUGCCCAUAUUGGAAUACUAUGAGCAUUACUUUGAUAUAGAUUUUCCAUUACCCAAAAUAGACAUGGCUGUUACCCCGGACUACGGAGCUGGUGGAAUGGAAAACUGGGGACUCAUAAAUUAUAGAGAGGCUUCGUAUCUAUCCGACUCAUCAUCGACUGUUUUCAAGAAACGUCGCACUGCUGAAUUAGUAGCCCAUGAGUUAGCUCACCAGUGGUUCGGUAACUUAGCAACGCAUUGGUGGUGGGAGGAUGUAUGGCUGAAGGAAGGAUUUGCUAGUUUCAUGGCAUAUUAUGGGAUGGAUCUUGUAGAGCCAGACUGGAAUAUGCUUGACCAGUUUUUGAUUCUCGACGUUCAUGUAGCGUUUGGUUUGGACGCCCUCACCUCCUCACAUCCAAUAUCCGUACCAGUAAACCACGUGGAUGAAAUCAACUCUAUAUUUGACUCUAUAUCUUACAGCAAGGGAGCAUCGAUUAUCAGAAUGCUUCGAUACUUUUUAGGUGAAACAACAUUCAGAAAUGGACUUAAAAUUUUCCCAAAUCAGAAAACAAAUACUAUUGUUCAUACUUUUGUGGGAUCGAGGUUGGAUUACUGCAAUAGUUUAUUGUAUGGUAUAAUGAAUGUCAGUUAUUGGGAAGGCCACAGAAGAUACAAGUGGAUUAUUCCCCUGACAUUUACCGAUGGAUUAGACCCUAAAUAUGGAGAGAAUGAGAGGAAUCGGAUAUGGCUGAGUAAUGGACCAGUUUUCAUGAACGACUCAUCUAAACUAAGUGGUGGAAAUAAUAAUUGGUUACUAGCAAACAUAGAUCAAACUGGAUAUUUCAGAGUCAACUACGAUGCAACCAAUUGGCGACUUCUCAAAGAACAGUUACUUGAAAACCAUUUGGUGAUACCAACAGCUAGUCGUGCAGCUAUUCUUAAUGACGUAUUUAACUUGGCAAGAGGACAACAUAUCAACACACUACUGGCACUGGAGAUAUCACGUUACCUCGUCGUAGAACGAGAUUACGUACCCUGGUCGACAGCCAAUGAUGUCUUGGCAUACAUACACAACAUGCUGAGAACAACUAGUGCCUACGGUGUUUAUAUCCAAUACAUAUUGGAACUAGUAACACCACUAUAUAGCAGUCUUGGAUGGAGCGAUGAAGAUUCAACUGACCUUGACAGUCUUACUCGAUCUUUGGCAAUUACACUAGCUUGUGGACAUGGUCACGAAGAGUGCAUCCAAGAAUCGCACACCAUGUUUGUACAUUGGAUGCAAAAUAGCGACAAUAACAUGAUUCCAGAGAAUAUGAAGAGUGACGUAUAUUGUACAGCCAUAGCACAUGGUACCUCGGACUACUGGGAGUUUGCCUGGAACCAGUAUUUGACAACACAAAGCAGUGCAGAGCGAUCUUUGUUAAUGGAGGCAAUGGCAUGCAGUAACCAACCUUGGAUUCUAAGCAGAUACUUGAACUAUUGCCUGGACUCCCAGCUUAUUCGUCGCCAGGAUGCCACCUACGUUGUCGGAUAUAUUGCUGGUAGUGCAGUCGGUGAAGUACUAGCAUGGGACUUUGUCAGAUCACACUGGGAUCACUUGUUUGACACUUACGGCACCAACAUGUUUUCUUUCCCACGUCUUAUUGACAGUGUUACUGCGUCGUUUUCGUCACGUUUGAGGUUAAAAGAGCUUCAGAAGUUUAUAUCUGAUCAUCCAAACCUUGGAACGGCGGCAAAGUCGUUUGAACAGGCCGUAGAACGAACCCGAGUCAAUAUACUAUGGCAUGAGAACACCAUUGUGGAUUUACAGAAAUGGCUUGAAGAUGAAGUAAGAGUGGUGUAG